AUGGCUUUAGAAGCCCUUUCUUCUAACGAACUCUUGAACUUCAUUAUCUACGACUCCAUUUCUGCUACCCCUUAUAGCUGCAAUGACUCCUCAGACACUACUAGCUUGUUACCUCAAGAAAAUGUUGGUGGCUGCUCCUCUAUGACACGACCGACCCACCCACCAGUGGCUGUGGAAACCACCCAAAAGCUACCGGAUUUGGCCGUGCAAGGCCGCAAGAAGAGAAGGAGAAGACCAAAGGUGUGCAAGAAUAAAGAGGAAGCUGAAACUCAAAGAAUGACACACAUUGCUGUUGAAAGAAAUCGUCGUAAACAAAUGAACGAGCAUCUAGCCGUCUUGCGCUCCCUCAUGCCGGAAUCUUAUGUACAAAGAGGUGACCAGGCUUCAAUUGUUGGUGGUGCAAUAGAAUUCGUAAAGGACCUCGAGCAUGUUUUGCAAUCACUCGAAGCUAAGAAGUUUGUACUACAACACGCUGCUACCGCUGAGACAGGAGGUGCAAACGACAACUCGAAUGGCUCUAACAAAGUGUUAACAAUCAACCCCUUUGCUCAAUUUUUCUCACAUCCACAAUUCAGCUGCUCUAAUUCACCCAACAAGUACACAUCUCAGAAUAAGGCAGCCAUUGCAGAAAUCGAAGUCACCUUGAUUGAAACUCAUGCAAACAUGCGAAUCCUUUCCUGUCGAAGAAUUCGACAGCAUUCCAAGAUUGUUGCUGCCUUUCGGACUAUGUUUCUCUCCAUACUUCACCUCAAUGUCACCACUUUGGACCCACUCGUGCUCUACUCUAUCAGUGCAAAGGUGGAAGAAGGUUGCCAACUAAAUUCAGCAGAUGAAAUAGCUGGUGCAGUUCACCACAUGUUAAGAAUAAUUGAGGAGGAAGCUGUCCUAUUUUGUCAAUCCUAG